AUGGAUCUUAAUCAAUUUAAUUAUCAACAAUCUAUGUUCAAUUUCAUGCAAAAUUUUCAAAAUCCUAAUCCUCAAAAUUCUCAAUUCCCAUUGAUGCCAACAAACUUCGCUGCUUUUUUUCCGUCAUCAAUCGGAAAUACUCCGCCGCAUUUUUUCCAUCACCAAACUCCACCAUAUGUCGGUAUUGAAAAAGAAGAAAGUCGCCCUGUUAAAAAAAAAGCUCGAGAGGUAUUUUCAAGGGAUGAAGAUAUACUUCUUAUCCAAUCAUGGCUCAAUGUUUCAAAGGAUUCAAUUGUGGGAGUUGAUCAAAAAGCUGAGAGUUUUUGGUUAAGAAUCACUAUAAAUUAUAACGAGUAUCGUGGACAAUCGCGGGAAAAGCUACAUGGGCAAUUAAAAUCUCGAUGGCAUCGAAUAAAUGGCUUGGUUCAAAAAUUUGUUGGGUGUUACAAACAAGCUGUUAAUGGAAAGAAAAAUGGGACUUCGGAGAAAGAUAUCUUGGUUGCUGCAUAUGCAUUUUUUGCUCAAGAUGAAGGUACACCAUUCAAUCUUGAGUACGCAUGGCGAUUGUUAAAGGAUGAACCUAAAUGGAUGGGAGCAUCGACCGAAAAUUCUUCAAAAAGAACAAAGAAUUCUGCUAGUGGGGCACACUCAUCAUCGUCUAACCUCGCGACACCUUCAAGUUAUGAGUUUAACUCAUCAUCACCAAUGGAGCAUCCAAUGGGACAACAAGUAGCAAAAAGAAAGAGUAAGGCAAAGGAAAAUGCAUUUGAAUCACCUUCUAAUGUUGUGCAAGAAACAUGGAAUAAAAGAGUAGCGGUAAUGGAAAGACUAGCUCAAUGUAAGGAGGACGAGAUGGAGUAUAAGGCAAUGCAAUUACUCUCGAAAGACACUUCUAUGAUGAAUGAUAGUCAACGAGAUAUUCAUGAAAAAUAUUGUAAUAAGUUGAAAAAAAUAUGGAUUUUAGUUAUGAUGAAAAGGUGUAGUACUUAUUAUGUAUCAACACCUAUGUAA